UCGGUGGAAAACAAAUACCGCGCUCCGUUUUGGUAAAAGGAUUCCGGGGAAAGGAUUUUUCUGGUUUCUAGACCUUCUGCGACACUCGCCGACCCGGGAGAACUGCGGGAGAAUCACGUCGAUGUCCAAUCAUUUCGAUAUUCCCUCCUGGGCCGGCAAACCGCCGUCGGGGCUGCAUCUGGAUGUGAUGAAACGUGAUGGACGUGAGGACAAGCUCAUCCAGAAGCUCAUGAUCGACGAAAAACGGUGCUAUCUUUUCGGCCGUAACCCACAGAUCAACGAUGUCUGUAUCGAUCACGCUUCAUGCUCGCGUGUCCAUGCCGCGUUCGUUUACCACAAGCACCUGCACAUCGCCUACUUGGUGGAUCUGGGCAGCACCCACGGUACAUUCAUAGGUUCGGUGCGGCUGGAAGGACACAAGCCAACGCAGCUACAGAUCAACAGCCAGUUCAGCUUCGGGGCAUCCACACGCCACUACAUCCUACGCGAGCGACCGACCGUGGGAUCGCGCACCAAUAUCAUGGAGGACAUCCCGAUGAUGGAUACCAGCGAUGGCACUUUUCUGGGGCUUCCAGAGAGCCAAACUGAGCUGGAUAACCUCACGGAGUACAAUACGGCACACAAUCGGCGUAUAUCGAUGUUGGGCAUUGCGGAUGAUAGUGGAGCCGGUGGCGGUGGGCCCGGUGGACCGGGUGGUGGCCCGGGGAGUAACAAUGGUGGCGCGUACAAAGCCAAAAACAAAAAGCGCAAACGUAAAGGUGUCGCUUUCAACGAGGAUGAAAUCAUUAUCAAUCCCGAGGAUAUUGAUCCGUCGAUCGGGCGCUUCCGUAACCUCAUCCAGUCGACCGUGGUGCCCGUUUCGGCGAAACGUGCCAAAAUGGAAGGCCAGAACAGUAUGGGCAUCAUUACGUCGCCCCCCACCAGUGCCAGUAAGACGGUGGGCUUCCAUCUACACCCGCAUCACCAUCAGCUUGGUGGCCACCAGCAUCACGGUCAGGCACAGCAGUCGGGUAGCUUCGUUUCACCCAGCCUCUACCAUGGUAUCGAUCCAGUCGAUGGCCAUGGUGGCGAUUCGGCGAGCGCUGGUCACGAUGGGCGUGGUGGUUUCGGGAGCUUCGAUAUGGACACCACCUCGAGCGGUCUCACAACGAAGCUCGGCAUAAUGCUACCGAAUCCAGCGCCCGAUGUCAAUCCGACACCGAUGAGUGUCACGGAAACGGCCACCGCUUCUGCAGCACAUGUGUUUGCCCCGCCCGGUACCAUCGCAUCCGGUGGAGGCGCACCAUCCAGCAACAGCAGCAACGCCAACAUGAGCGACAACCCCAGCGAGAUGUCCGAUGAACCGAAGAAAAAGAAGUACGCCAAGGAGCAGUGGCCGGGACGAAAACCGCUCGGGUUGGGUAGCUUUUAACGUUAGCUUGUAUAGUACUCGAUUCUGUGUUUGUAUGUGUGUAUGUGUGUUUGUCCACUCGUUUCCCAAUUCAGGGGGCUCCUCCCGGCACGCGAAACACGGGUGGCCCUGCAGAUCCCCCCCUCCCCAGGAAUAAACUGCGUUUCAAAGCAAGAAACCC